UUAAGAAAUUCUAACAAAACAAGUUACAAUAACAAAAAAAUAAACAAGUGUAUAUUUGAUAAUUCUUUCAACAAAAAAACAAAAAAACGUUUGUUGCAUGCAACAAUACUUAAAAACACACUCAUUCAUUCAUACACUCACUCUCACACACACACACAUUCAAAUCUGCAGCUUCCUCUGGAACCGGUUACCCACCAUAUUUAAACUAAAUAAAUCAGUGAAGAAAUCAAGUUUUAUACAAUUGCACCUGUUUGUGGCAGCUUAAAUUGCACAUGAUUGCUUUGCCACGCUAAUAUACACAACCCAGCCUCAUAUGCAAAGUUUAAUGGCCUAAAGGAAACGCAACCAUCUACCAACAUAAUAACAUGUUUGCAACAUAAAUGCAAAAAAAUAUAAUAAAAACUUUUUGCUAAAAAAUAAAGCAAAAAGACCAGGAUUAAAUAAACAAAAAAAAUAAUAACCUGAACAUCAACUACCAACUAUAGUUAAACGUUAAUGGCUAGUAGUGGUUUUUAUGCAGCAUCUUUAAUACUUUGUUAAAUUCAAACUCGAUUUAUUUUUGUAAGUGUACGUACGUACAUACUACUGUGCUGGCAUUAUUUAUUUGCUGUAGCUGUGGAACACAGAAAUACUUUGUUGUUUUUGUCGUUAAUCAGGAAAUUUUUUUCUACAAUUUUAUGGCGUUUGCAUCCUGACAGUAAGUUGAGACUAUAAAAAAACCAAACACACAUAAUAUGCCCUCGAAAAAUACGCUCCUGUUAAGGCCCAGCCCACAACGCCAACGCUACCACCACAAGUUGCGAUCUUCAACAUCACCAUCACCGUCUUCAUUAUCGCCCUCACCAGAUGCUAGUUUAAAUAAAAACAUUCCUUUAACUAAUGUUCUUGUAAUAUGUUUCCUUUUGGUCAGUCUGCAGGCAGUUGAGGUGAUGGCAAAGGUUAAAACGAAAAAGAAUUCGAAUAUACAUUUUAACAAUAAUGAAGAUAAUCUGAAAUCCACCUCCGACGGUCAGCACUUUGCCAUGGAACCACAAGAUCAAACGGCGGUAGUGGGUUCGCGUGUAACUCUUCCCUGUCGGGUUAUGGAAAAGAUCGGUGCUUUGCAGUGGACUAAGGAUGAUUUUGGCUUGGGUCAACAUCGUAAUUUAAGUGGUUUUGAGCGUUACUCUAUGGUGGGCAGCGAUGAAGAAGGUGAUUUUUCUUUAGACGUAUUUCCAGUCAUGUUGGACGAUGAUGCUCGGUAUCAGUGCCAAGUGGGACCUGGUCCUAAUGGUGAAGCUGGCAUAAGAUCACGAUUUGCCAAGCUAACAGUGUUGGUGCCACCUGAGGCUCCCAAAAUUCUGCAGGGAGAUCAUUUGGUAACAACUGAAGAUCGUGAAAUUGAACUGGAAUGCGAUUCGGUGGGAGGAAAGCCAGCGGCAGAGAUCACCUGGAUCGAUGGCUUAGGCAAUGUUCUAACAAAAGGCAUUGAAUAUGUCAAAGAACCCUUAUCCGACAGUCGUCGCAUAACGGCCAAGUCCAUAUUGAAAUUGACCCCCAAGAAAGAACAUCACAAUACCACCUUUACAUGUCAGGCACAAAAUACAGCCGAUCGUACCUAUAGAUCGGCUAAAAUUCUCUUGGAAGUGAAAUAUGCUCCUAAGGUUACAGUGUCUGUGGUAGGAGGAGCUUUGGCUGGCGGUCGCAUACCAGAAAGUGCAGAGGUUAUACUAUCAUGUCAAGCUGAUGCUAAUCCUCCUGUACAAACUUAUCGCUGGUUUAUCAAUGAUGAACUGGUGACCGGAGAUUAUACCACCAAAAUGGUGAUACAUAAUGUUUCCCGGCAAUAUCAUGAUGCCAUAGUUAAAUGUGAAGUGGUAAAUGCUGUGGGUAAAAGUGAAGAAAGUGAAACUUUGGACAUAAGUUAUGGUCCAGUUUUUCGCCAACGACCUGUUUCCGUAGAGGCUGAUUUAGGCACUAGUGUCACAAUGCGCUGUGAUGUUGAUGGCAAUCCCACACCUGAUAUAGAAUGGAUUAAUGAAAAUUCCGAUCGCGUAGUGGCCACCACAGCCAAUAUAACUUUAAAAGUUACUGCAGAUACGGCUGGACGUUAUUAUUGCAAGGCUGUUGUAGAUGGCUUUCCUGAAAUAGGUGCUGAAGCCACGAUUUAUGUCAAGCGGGCUCCCAUAAUCACUUCGCACAAGGUGCAAUUUGGUGCCGUGGGUAAUCGUGCCAAAAUCGAUUGUUUAGCCUUUAGCAUACCAAAAGCUGAAAGGAUUUUGUGGUCUUAUGAAGGAAAAAUUAUAAAUAUGUCUACGGCCGAUCCAGAUUUGUAUAUAUUCGAAGAACAUCAUUUGCCCGAGGGCGUCAGAGCGGCACUGAUAAUCAAAGAAAGUCGUUCGAAUCAUUUUGGCAAAUAUAAUUGUACAGUUGUAAAUUCAUAUGGAAGUGAUUCGUUGUUAAUUACUUUAAUACCAGAACCUGGUUCGGUACCCGUCCUUUUGGUGGUCAUGGGCUCUAUGUCCUCGGUGGCCAUUAUCCUUAUGGUUGUGAUGCUCGUGAUUGUGUAUAUGAAACGUAGCAAGAAAAAGCCCAUGCCUGCAGAUGUUAUACCCGAAGCAUCUCGUGGCGGUGAUAAGUUAAGCGAUCUCAAACAUGAAAUGCGUGCCAAAGCCUACGAGGCGGCUGAAUAUUCUGAAUCCACCUCAGAUGGUUUAGCCAUCAAUCUAACGCAUUCUCCCAUGCCAGAUGUACAAAUGAAGGGUGCCACCCUGGGUGUACCCCUGGCCGGUCCCGUCAAAUUGGAUGAAAGAUUUUCAGGUGACUUUGGUGAUCGCUAUAAUAGAUCGUGUAAUAUAAAAAAUAUUAAAAAUCAAGACUACAAGGAGUCCGUUAAUGGUUAUGCUCCUUAUUUCGAAUAUGCUUUAGAUUACAGUCCUCCCAAUGAUAAUAAAAAUUCGAUGGGUUCUGUGUCGAAAAGUAAUUCAACUACGAUAAGUUCGGCUACUUUGCCUCACUAUUCGAAUCCUGCUAGCACAACGGGUAAUAUGAGUUUACCCAGGAAUCGUGGUGAUAUGCAACAGCAGUCUAUGAAUAAUGGAUUUUUAGGACAACCACUAUUACAAAAUGGCAUUGACAGUCGUUUUAGUGCCAUUUAUGGCAAUCCUUAUCUGCGCACCAAUUCCUCCAUACUCCCACCUCUGCCGCCUCCAAGUACUGCCAAUCCAGCGGCAACACCAGCACCACCGCCUUAUCAUGCACCCCGUAAUCAUGGCAAUCUCAUGGGCAACGGAGUAAUGGGAAGUCUAAAAAAUUUCGGCACCGCCAACAGUAUAAUCAGUGGCUCCAAUGGUCCGGCUAGUGUAAGUGGCAGCAGUUCAAAUCUCACCGCCAGCAGUAAUACUUUGGCGGCUACACCGCUACAACAGCCCACAGUGGGUACACCCUCCGGUCACGUGUCAUCCUCAAGCGCAACAACAGCACAAAGUCCAUCGGGUCAAUUCAUACUACCGUCAAAUGGCAAUGCGGCGAAAAAAGGCGCAUUGGCAACGCAUGUCUAAAGCGGGUAAAAUGAAAUUAAAAGUUAAAAAAAAAUAAACGAAACAAACGAACGAAUGAUAUAAACGAAUUAACCCGGUAACGGAAGUUUUAUUCAAAUUUUUAUAGAAAAAAACAUAUUGUGAUUUUUAGCGUUAAUUAUUUACCUAUGGCAAACUAUGUACAUUUUUAACC